CCUGUCUUCGGUGCAGCAACUACCCUGGCUUUGCCCACGGCGACAGAAGCGUGUUCAAUGUACAAGUGCCUGUUUUGCUGUGUUUCCGCUGGGGGCGGGCAGGAUUGCGGCGGCUCUCGGCAGUGGAGCGGCCGGAGAAUGGAGGGCGAACGCGGGGCGGCACCGGCUCCAGGGCCGGGCAGAUCCGCGGACGGCUCCAGCGGCAACUCGGCUGCUCACUUCGCUUGCAUCGACACUCGGGACUUGCAGGAGUGUGUGAAGAUCGGAGUCGGAGGCUUCGGAGAAGUUUACCGAGCGCAGCACCGAGUGUGGAGGAUUCAGCUGGCGGUGAAGUUCGGCGUGAGGGAGAACGGGAGUGAUGAGCAUGAACUGUUGGAAGAAGCAAAAAAGUUGCACAAGGCACAAUUUGAGUACAUUCUCCGCAUGUAUGGAAUUACAAAAUGCCACCCGAUCACUAGAACCAAAUCGCUGGGACUGGUAACUGCAUACGUGGAGAAUGGAUCACUGGAAAAACUCAUUCACCACCAUGACGUCCGUUUGCCUCUUCGACUGCGCUUUGUGUACGAGAUUGCUUUGGGGAUGAACUUCCUACAUAACCUUAGCCCAGCUCUCUAUCACCAUGACUUAAAGCCUGCUAAUAUUCUACUAGAUAAGGACUAUCACAUUAAGAUCUGUGAUUUUGGUCUGGCAAAAUGGCGGAAAUUAACAUGUGAAUACAGCAAUGAUUCCUGCAAAAACAACGGCACCCUUAGUUACAUGCCACCUGAAUGCUUGGAGAACAUCAAUACCAAGAAAGACAAAAAGUUUGAUGUGUACAGCUAUGGAAUUGUUAUCUGGGAGAUACUGACUUGCCAAGAACCUUAUAAAUAUGCUCUACAUUCUCAGCACAUAAAAGUGUGCGUAAGCAAUGGAGACAGACCUGACCUGGAUGAAAUCCCCCCAAACUUUCUGGAACCCUGUAAAACUCUCAUUAACCUGAUGAAACGAUGUUGGACUCAAAAUCCAAAUGAUCGUCCUCCCUUUUCAAGUUGUGUUAGUGAGCUUGAACCAGAACAGAGGAACGAGCAGGAGCUUCAACAGGCAGUGCAGAGCCUGACUCAACAGUCCAAUGAUGUCGUGGACUCUGGGCCUGGCAGCCAAGGAGACAUGAGGAGCUGUGGAAAUCUUUGUGAACCUGUUGAGGAGCAGAAUAAAAGCUACGAGCCUGUUCAAGAAUCCGCCCAGAAGGAAUACAAGGCUGAAGUGUGCCCUGAUGCCAGCAGAGAGGAAAUCACGAAGAGUGAGUAACUGUGGCAUUUGAGAGAAAACAAUCCCACAGGAGGCUCCCAUCUGGUUGUGUGGCUGAAGGGGAUUUUUGUGCCAUCAUGGACUCGGAGCUGGCUCAGUUAUUUGGGUCACCUCCACCUUGAAUGUAACUGGUCCCUUCUGACCUUGUCUAUUAUCUGUGGGCUUGCAGGGCA